CACGUCAUCAGGGAGCGCCGGGGAGCCUCGGCAUGGCGCUGUUCCUCGUGCGCAGGUACAUUAGUGAAGAAGAGGAUGAGCAAGAAGAGAAAUCGCAAGAACUUCUUCAUCAGCUACAGGAACGAGCAAGAGCCCGGGAGUUGCAAAAACAGCAGGAUGUGCUCGUUUCUUCAGAACAACGGGGACUAGAGAAUGAAAUUAGUGGACUGGACUCUGAGCAGAAAUCAGAGAAGAAGAAGACAAGUGAGGUAUCUUUUUUUGAAAUAAGCCCUAGAAAGAGGAACAGAAGACUACAUGUUGAUGAGAAAAAAAGCUUGGAUGAAGCAAAUGGUGGCUUUGGUUCAAGUAGAAGGAAAAAGAAUGGAAAAGACUCCCAAGUGGCCCAAGGAAGGAUAGAAGCCACUGAAGGAAAUGCAAGUCAGUUGGUGAGUUUUUUGGAAAGCAGAGGAACAGGAGCAGGCGAGAGAAAGGAUGAUCUUGGAUCAAAGAGAAGUCAAGGCAGAGAGAAGCAGAUGAUGCUGGCACCAAAUCCAGAGGAGGGAAAGCCUCCAGCUUCUAGCAUGGCUUUUCUGGGUCACUGUGCUCAAAAGACUGUGCAGAAGGGGCCCUCUCUUCUGCCACAGUGGCUCGCUCAACCCAGGCUAGUCCAGAGACAGAUUAAGGAGAACCUGACCUCAUUUGAGGAAGUCCCAUUAAUCCAUCCUAAAUUGGUGAAGAAAAUGCAAGCAAAUGGAAUAGAAUCUUUGUUUCCAGUUCAGGCUGAGGUGAUUCCAGUCAUCUUGGAAAGUGUGUCCAAUGGAUUUUUGGCUGGGAGGGGUGGCUACCGGCCUAGUGAUAUCUGUGUCUCGGCCCCUACAGGCAGUGGGAAAACACUGGCCUUUGUCAUUCCUGUGGUGCAGGCUCUGUUAGACCGAGUUGUCUGCCAAGUGCGAGCCCUGGCCGUCCUGCCCACCAAAGAGCUGGCGCAGCAGGUGAGUAAAGUGUUCAACGUCUACACUGAUGGGCUGGGGCUGAAAGUGGUACAACUUACUGGACAGAAGUCUUUUGCAAAGGAGCAAGAAUCACUUGUUGAGAGGACGCUGACUGGAUUCCGCAGUCUGGCAGACAUUGUUGUAGCCACUCCUGGGCGCCUUGUGGACCAUCUCCAGCAAAGCCCCCAGUUCAGCUUGAGAGAGCUUCGCUUCCUGAUCAUAGAUGAAGCAGACCGCAUAAUCGACAGCAUGCAGCAGGACUGGCUGCAGCAAGUUACGAAGGCUGCCUGUCAUUCUGAAGAGGAGAUGGGUCCCAUCAGGCUUUUCAGGCAGGUGGGACAUGGGCUUCCCAUCACAGCAGCCAGGUCUUGCUGUCCAUAUCUCCCUCUGCAGAAGCUUCUCUUCUCAGCCACUUUGACUUGGAACCCUGAGAAGUUGCAGCAACUUGGCCUUUAUCAACCAUGCUUGUUCAUGCCAGUCUCCUCUGAGAAACAGGCUGAAGUCCAACAAGAACCUGAGAAGAAAUACACUAUCCCUGAGGGGCUUUCACAGUACUAUGUGCCCUGCAGCCUGAGUUGGAAGCCACUGUUUCUCUUGCAUUUUCUUCUGAGGCUGAAGUUCUCCCGCGUUCUCUGCUUCACCAACAGCAAAGACACUUCACACAGGCUGUUCCUGCUGAUUCGAGCCUUUGGUGGAGUGAAUGUGGCUGAAUUUUCUUCUAGGCUGAGUCCAAGCCAAAGAAAGCGGACGCUGAAGGAAUUUGAACAGGGGAAGAUUCAGCUUUUGAUCAGCACAGAUGCCACCGCUCGAGGGAUUGACAUUGUUGGGGUAAAAUGUGUCAUCAGCUAUGAUGCGCCUCAAUUCAUCAGGACAUAUAUUCACCGGGUGGGCAGAACAGCCCGUGCUGGGAAAGCUGGCCUGGCCUUCACCAUGCUGCUGAAACAGCAGGAGCGCAAGUUCUUGAAGAUGCUGAGGGAUGCUGGCCUUCCAAAGUUGGAACAGCAGCUGGUGAAGAGCAAGUUUAUUCAGCCUCUCCUUCAGCCGUACCAGGAAGCACUAGCUGAACUGCAGCAAAUUGUCAAGGAGGAGCAAGCUGAGAAAAGAUCCUGAGGCAGCUGAAGGGAGUGGAUUCAUGUUUGGAGAGGAGGUGGCAGAGAACAAACACAGAUGGAGCGCAGCUGGAGUCGUGAUUUGGACCCUGCCCUUCUUGUGUCUAUAGCAUUCCAAAGCAAGUACGAGUGAUUCCAGGCACCCUGAAACAUCAAGAAGUGGUCCAUCCCGCAGUGGAAGUACAGCAGGUUGCCAUUCCCUGCUCCUAGAAGGCCAUUAUAUUUAGAUGAAAAUGGUUCUUUAACUCAGCCCAGCCUCUUCUUUGAAGUGGUCCCUACCCUCUUCAAUUUUGCUUGAUUAAUUGGAGCUUGCUUGUUCUCUCAAGAAAGGAUCACAUCUUUGCUGUACCACCUGCACCCAAAGAGGUGUUUCUGCAGCGUGGCUUGUUCUUCACCCAGGGAUGCCUUCAGCAGCUGAGAUGGCUGCUCCAGUAGGAGCCCUCUCUUUACAAAGUAGAGGAGGCGACCCUCAGACAUGAUUUAUGUCAAAAUGUGGCUUAGGCUUUUUGUGUUUUUAAGGAAUGCGAUGGAUUUUGGUCAAGAGUGAUCUUGUAAAUGAGACAAAAUAUUAACUGCUCUUGAACCCUGAGCACUCAAACACAGCUCUGUUUCUAGAUGUGUCGGUAGCAUGCUGGAAGUGGUGUAUUUCAGAAGUGAGUUACCUGUGAAGAACUUUUUGUCAUGCCUGAAUCUGCCAGUCAACAAUUGUUUGAGCAGUCCUAGUAGGGAAGCAGGAGAAAAUAGUCUCUCUCAUCCUUUGAAGGUUUUAUCAUGUCCUAGUUUCGAUGUCCUUUUAUUUAAAUUAAAGACCCUGAUCCACUUGUA